UGGAGGUUUAGAAAUCGUGUCAAAAUAUCUCGUCAACUGGCAGAUGGAGUUUAAUUUAGGUGCUUUUGCAAUCAAAGAAACCACAUUCAGGAUUUUGACCAUGGAGGGAAAAAGCACUGAGCACACUUUGGAGAAAUUGGAUGCAUGUUCUGUGUGCAGACAAGUAUUUGAUCAUUCAUCUGACCAAUCCAAACACCAGUGCAAUGACACUGGGAAGAGGUUGUGGAAAUGUGAGGAGUGUGGAAAGGAAUGUCUUUACCCAUCCCAGCUGAAACUUCAUCAACGCAGUCACACUGGGGAGAAGCCAUUUAUUUGUUCUGUGUGUGGGAAAGGAUUCACUCAGUCAUCCCAGCUGUUGACACAUCAGCGAACUCACACUGGGGACAAACCAUCUGCUCUGUGUGUGGAAAAAGCUUUGCUGAUAUAUGCCACCUGUUCAAACACCAGCGACUUCACGCUGCGGACAGACCAUUCACCUGCUUGGAGUGUGGGAAAGGAUUCAUUCAGUCAUCUGAUUUUCUGAGACACCAACGUGUUCACAGUGGAGAGAAGCCAUUCACCUGCUCUGUUUGUAGGAUAGGAUUCACUCGCUCAUCCAGCCUGCUCAAAACACCAGCAGGUUCACACUGGGGAGAGACCAUUCACUUGCUCUGAGUGUGGGAAAGGAUUUACUUGCUGAUCGUACAUGCUGAUACACCAGCCAGUUCACACUGGAGAGAAACCAUUCACCUGUUCUGAGUAUAGAAAAGGCUUUGCUGAUUCAUCCCACCUGCUGUUACACCAGUGAGUUCACACUAGGAAGAAACUGUACAACUGCUCUGAGUGUGGAAAGGGAUUCAUUCAGUCAUCCAACCUACACAGCCACCAGCGAGUUCACACUGGAGAGAGACCUGCUCCACAUGUGCAGUCAGCACACCUGCGAACACACCAGCGAGUACACACGGGAGA